GAGAGGCGGAGUGUCCAGGCAGAGAGAGAGAGAGAGAGAGAGAGAGAGAGGACACGUGGCAGCGAGAGAGAUGAAGACAGAGAAUGGGCUGAGAAAACAAGGGGGCGGAGGAGCAGCGCCAUGCGCAGCAUGCAAGCUGCUGAGAAGAAGGUGCGGCGAGGAAUGCGUAUUCGCGCCAUACUUCCCCGCGGACCAACCCCAUAAGUUCGCCAAUGUCCACAAGGUCUUCGGCGCUAGCAACGUCAACAAAAUGCUCCAGGAGUUGCCACUUCACCAGCGAGGAGAUGCAGUGAGCAGUUUAGUAUAUGAAGCGAACGCUAGAGUGCGCGACCCGGUCUAUGGGUGUGUGGGAGCGAUAUCGUCUCUACAGCAGCAGAUAGACAGCCUCCAAACUCAGCUGGCUCUGGCUCAAGCUGAGGUUGUGCACCUAAGGGUGCGACAGACAGCAUCAUUUUCAAACUAUGGGCUAAGCCCAACAAGCCCAGGUAACAGUGGGUCACCCUCAUCCAGGCUCAUGGGCUCACAAUCCUCCAGGCCCAUGUUUGAGAUGGAUAUGGUUGUGGACCAGGCCAUGGGGGACUCAGUGUGGUGAUUAUAAUAUUAUUAUUUACCCAAAAUCCCAUUUACUUGGAGAUUUAGUUAGUUUUUUUUUUUUUUUUUUUUUUUUUUUUUUUU